AUGGCGGGAGGCUACAGCUCUGUCUAUCGAGGACAGACUACGACACACGCGAGGACUACCGACUACGAGCCAGGACUCCUGCCACUGCGCCAGGACCCCUGCCACUCCCGUCCUGUCCUGCCAGAGCGCCCCGCUACAACACCAGGAAGCCAGUUCCUCUCUGCCCACGACGCAUGUACCGUGACUAUGCGUGUCUAUACCUCUGUCGUUAUAUCUGAAACCAUUGUCAAGUUCAUGCGACUCCGAGUAUGGCCUCAGAGCAUCAAUCUCAUCAAACAUGAUGCAGAGGAUUUUCGACGUGCACCGCCCACCGCAAGCCGACCAUCGUCCCAUUUAGUGAAUGACGAUGGUCCACAGAAAUUGUUUCCUCAAAGGAAGGCCCCUGCAGUGGAAACACAUCUCGAGGGGUAUGCCUUCAAAGCGGCGCUGGACGAGCAUAUAAAUAUCGGUUCGGUGGCCUUCAUCAUCUAUUCCUCACCCACUGCACCUACUGCCACUGCGACCUCGUACACACACUCUAACAUUUCAAUCAACUAUUUGUUGACCACGAUGAGAAAAUUCAUUCCCCACGUCUCCUCAUCGCAUGGUUCCGAUUCUUCCAAUGCAACCCAAUACACGCCAAACACUUGCUCCUACCACCCGCAUGGUGUGUCAGCUAACGGGAUGUAUAGUGCCUCUCCCGCAUACGCGCCCGUUGCACUUUCGCCUGGUGUGGGUGUUGGAGUCGUGCAUCACGCGUUCCAAACGGGACCAAAUGGUUAUUGCCCCCCUCCAGGAGCCGAUGUCUCGUGUGCCACUUAUGGUGGUCCAUACUCACUGCCAACUGCGGCUGCUCAUCCCCCACAAGACCCAUCCGCGACCCCUCUGUACCAUCAACCUAUUUCUUUUCCAGGAGCCGCAAACCCUUACGCUGCACUCGUACCGCACCAAGGAUACCUCCACCAGAAUCACGGGUCUGUGCUCGCAACGGGCUCUGCAUUUUCGUCUCUCCCUCAAGCACCACGUAUCAAUCAGAAGCACGUCGUGGAACACCUCCAUUACCACGACGUCAAGCAAGCCAAAAUAGCUCCCGGCGGAAUGAAGAACGACCCGUUAUUUACACCCGUGUUAGAUCGACUCGGUCAACCAAACGGGACAUUCGUGUGUUCUAGGGACGGCAUGGUGCUCAAUCCUGGAAGCUAUCUGAAGCACCUCAAGACAAAAAAGCACCUGGGCUUCAAACUAGAGAAAUUCAAGUGCUCUGGUUGUCCCAAAACGUAUACGAGACGCGAUGCCUACAAGAGGCACUUGAUCAAUAGCAAGUGUGGACAGGUGACAGCUGUGGACGCUCCGCCGCCAUACUCAGCUAGUCAGAACUCCACGAGUUCCGCUUCUGCUGCACCUGCAAUGGCACCUACCACUGCGCUCACUUAUUCUCACCUGUAUAGCCCCAUGUUCGCCGAAGAUGACAAUAACGACGACACUGAUUUUUAG